UUACAAAAUGCGGGCCACCAUGUCACUAACCGCCCCGCCGAAAUUCCUCCCACCGGUUAACUCCCCACCGGUUCACCACCAACCCCCAUCGGCGCCUGCACCCCUACAUGCCAUAUCGAUAGCCGUUCCAGAUAUCCAAUUCCCCGGUCUGGGUCGCACGAACACGGCCCCCGACGUGGACGAGUCCCCGUCGGGGUUUCGUGACUACCAAUCUCUGUUCGUGUCCCAACGGUCCGAAACGGUCGAGCCGGUCGCGAUCAAAACCGUGGACGGUUCAAUACCGGCCGAUUUCCCGUCCGGCACGUAUUACUUAGCCGGUCCGGGGCUUUUCACCGACGACCACGGCUCCACGGUCCACCCUUUGGACGGUCACGGUUACUUGCGCGCCUUCAAGAUCGACGGCCGAGAACGAGAGGCCACGUUCAUGGCUAAGUACGUUAGGACCGAAGCUCAGAUGGAGGAGCACGACCCGGUGACUGACACGUGGAGGUUCACUCACCGGGGCCCAUUCUCUGUUCUGAAAGGCGGGAAAAAGUUCGGCAACACGAAGGUCAUGAAGAAUGUGGCGAACACAAGUGUGUUGAAGUGGGGAGAUCGGUUGCUCUGUCUUUGGGAAGGUGGCGAACCUUACGAGAUCGAAUCCGAGACGUUGGAUACGAUCGGAAGGUCCGAUGUGAUCAACGGCUGUGAUUUCUCGCCGGAAAACUGUGCCAGUGAUGCAUGGGACACGGCCGCCAAAUUGCUGAAACCUAUACUAAACGGCGUAUUUAAGAUGCCACCGAAACGGUUCCUGUCUCAUUACAAGAUGGACACUCGAAGGAACAGACUUUUGACAGUCUCUUGCAACUCGGAAGACAUGCUCCUCCCUCGCAGCAACUUCACUUUUUGUGAAUUUGACGAGGAAUUCAAACUGGUUCAUACAAGAGAAUUCAAGAUCCCCGAUCAUAUGAUGAUCCACGACUGGGCUUUCACGGAGUCCCAUUACAUACUGUUUGCCAACCGAGUUAAGCUUAACCCGAUCGGUUCGGUGGCUGCAGUGUGUGGAAUGUCUCCGAUGAUAUCGGCCUUGUCCCUUAACCCGAGCAACGAGACUUCGCCGAUUUACAUUCUGCCGAGGUUUUCAGGCGGAUCGGUCGGAGGCAGAGACUGGAGAGUUCCCAUCGAAGCACCUUCUCAGCUAUGGCUAAUCCACGCCGGAAACGCCUUCGAGACCAGAGACAACAGCGGCGGCGGUCUCGAGAUCGAGAUACAAGCUUCUGCUUGCUCAUAUCUCUGGUUCGACUUCCAGAAAAUGUUUGGUUACAACUGGCAAAGCGGAAAGCUCGAUCCAUCUAUAAUGAAUCGAAAACAAGGCAACGACGGUCUCCUCCCUCAUCUUGUCAAGGUUUCGAUCAGCUUGGACGUGGAUGGGAGCUGUAAGAGCUGUGACGUCGAGCCACUGAAUGGAUGGAACAAACCCUCGGAUUUUCCUGUCGUAAACUCGUCAUGCUCCGGACAAAAGAACAGAUACAUAUACUCUGCCUCGUCCUCGGGUUCUCGGUCUGCACUCCCAGAUUUCCCAUUCGACACGGUUGUGAAGUUCGACUUGGACGCAGAAUCUGUACGCACAUGGUCCACUGGAGCCCGGAGAUUCAUCGGUGAACCUAUGUUUGUCUCUAGAGGCUCCAACGAAGAGGAUGGAUACAUUAUUGUCGUUGAGUAUGCGGUAUCCAUAGAGAGAUGUUACCUUGUGAUUCUCGAUGUCAAGAAAAUCGGCGAAGCCGACGCUCUCGUCGCCAGAUUAGAAGUGCCGAGGAACUUAACGUUCCCGAUGGGUUUUCAUGGUUUGUGGACUAGCGACUGAUCCAUCUCCUAUGAUUAUUAUUAUUGGUAUUAUUUUAUUUUUAAGUUGUAAUAAGGUGUGAUAUGGUUUAAGUUAUAAUCAUUUUUGUACAAAAAUGGGUUGUGAUUCUUUGCUACAUAUGAAUAUACCGUAAUUGUACAUUCGAAUACACUCAUAUUUCUGUUUACCAAACUUUGGUCUA